ACUCUUUCUGGUCAUACAUACCCUAUUUCUUCUCUAAAACAUUCUUCCCCCAAAAACCGCCAUCAAUUAGGGUUUCGCUCCAUAUAUAAACAAAUUCAGUUAGUUGUUAUACACAAAUCAUCACUCUUAUAGAUUUGUUGAUCAAAACGGUUAAUAGUUAUAGUUAUUUGGAGUAGAAAUGGGGAAACCUACUGGUAAGAAGAAGUUGGAGCCUGUGGUUGAGAAACUUACGAAACCGAAUAAAGCGGAAAGAAGUUCGAAACAUGUCGAUGAGGACACUGCUGUCUUUAUUCAGAUGUCACAGGAGUUGAAGGAGGAAGGAAACAGGUUGUUUCAAAAGCGCGAUAACGAGGGGGCCAUGUUGAAGUAUGAGAAGGCGCUUAAGCUGUUACCAGGGAAUCAUAUAGAUGUUGCGUCGUUGCGAAGUAAUAUGGCGGGGUGUUAUAUGCAGAUGGGGAUUGGGGAGUACCCGAGGGCGAUACAUGAGUGUAAUUUGGCGCUUGAGGUUGCUCCUAAGUAUAGUAAGGCCCUGUUGAAGAGGGCGAGAUGUUAUGAGGCGUUGGGUAAGUUGGAAUGGGCGUGGAGAGAUGUGAGGAGUGUGUUGAGUAUGGAGCCGGGUAAUGUGACGGCGUUGGAGAUUGAGGAGUCGGUGAAGAAGGCGAUUGAAGGGAAGGGUUUGAAAGUUGAGGAGAUUGAAGCUGCUUUGCCGCCUGACGAGCCUUCUCCGUUGAAGGCGGUCAAAGCUGUGAAAGAGAAGACUAAGAAGAGGAAGAAUAAUAGGGUUGAGAAAAAGGGUGUUGAAAAAGUCAACCUAAGUAGGGUUGAAACUGAACAAGUCAAAGAGAAAAAGGUUGAAGAGAGUAAGGACGUAAAGGUUGACAAAGUGAAGGACAACAAGGUUAAGAGAGUUAAGGACAAGAGGGUUGGUAAAAAAACAGAGGAUAAAGUUGUCGUUGAGGAUAAAAAUAGCAUCAAAGAAGAAACAGUUGCCACGAGGCCGGUGAAAUUGGUGAUUAAUGAUGACAUAAGGUUGGCGCAGCUACCGGUUGAUUGCAGUAUUGGUUUAGUGAGGGAGGUAGUAUGGGACCGUUUUCCAGGCUUAGAGGGUGUGCUUAUUAAGUAUAAAGAUCAAGAAGGAGAUUUGAUUACCAUCACAACUACUGCUGAGCUGAGAAUGGCUGAAAGUGCUAGUCAUCCUCAAGGUUCUUUGAGACUAUAUUUGGUAGAAGUUAGUCCAGAUAAAGAACCAUCUUAUGAGGGUUUCACAAGUGACGGUUUUCCGAAAGCCAAUAGCUUAAUAUCUAGUGUUUCAGAGAACGGAAAUGUGGGAAAAGUCCGGGAAGAAGAGAAAGUUACAACAUGCGUAGAGGACUGGAUUGUUCAGUUUGCAAGGCUGUUUAAAGAGCACGUGGGAUUUGAAUCCGAUUCAUAUCUGGAUCUACAUGAUCUAGGAUUGGAGUUGUAUUCAGAAGCAAUUGAAGAAACUGUUACAACCGAAAACGCUCAAAAGCUUUUUGACAUAGCUGGUGGGAAGUUUCAAGAAAUGGCUGCUUUAGGAUUGUUUAAUUUAGGAAAUGUUCAUAUGAACAAAGCGAGAAAAUGGGUGGUGUUUGCAGAAGAUGGAACCAAAGAAUCAAUAGAAGAGCAGGUGAAAAAAGGACGUGAAUGGGCAGAAAAGGAAUAUGUAAAAGCAGGGUUACAAUACGAAGAAGCUUUAAAAAUAAAACCUGAUUUUUAUGAAGGUUUUCUUGCACUUGGGCAGCAACAGUUCGAGCUCGCAAAGCUUUCAUGGUGCUAUGCAGUUGGAACCAAGAAUAACUUAGACUCAGAUCUUUCUGCACAAGUUUUGGAUUUGUAUAAUAAGGCUGAAGAUAGCAUGGAACAUGGGAUGCAGAUUUGGGAAGAAUUGGAGGAACAAAGGUUAAAUGGAUUGAGUUUAUAUGAUAAGUACAGGGACGAUUUGGUAAAUUUGGGGCUGGAAGGGUAUUUAAAAGACGUGCCUGCUGAUGAAGCUGCAGAGCAAGCUGCACAUUUGAAGUCUCAGAUGUACAUUUUAUGGGGUACUUUGCUUUAUGAGCGAUCUGUUGUGGAAUUUAAGAUGGGCCUGUCAGCAUGGGAAGAAUCUUUGGCAGCUUCAGUUGAGAAGUUCGAGCUUGCAGGAGUAUCACCGACAGAUCUAGCAGUAAUAGUAAAGAACCAUUGCUCUAAUGGAACGUCAUCUGAAGGUCUUGGUUUCAAAAUUGAUGAAAUAGUUCAGGCAUGGAAUGACAUGUAUGAUGUUAAGCGGUGGCAGACUGGUGUUCCAUCUUUCAGGCUGGAACCACUGUUCCGGCGUCGGGUCUCAAAACUACAAACUUUCAUGGAACAUCUUUGAAAAUGAUUACGAAAUCCAUCAUCUGAUUUUAUCAUUGCUAGAGCUAUAUAUUUGUCAAGUUUUUAUGUAGAUUGUCGUCUUCAACUUAGUUUUCUUUUUUUCCACCAUUGGAGGUGAAAGAAUAGAAGAGUUUGUCGUUGUUUAUCUGGAGCACGAGGUGUGUUUUGUAUUGGCAAGAAGCCACUUAUUCAUAGUGAUAUCAUUUUUUGGUUUUGGGAGUACCAGAGACUAUACAAAGGUUUUGAUGCAUAGUUUGUUUCAGAUAAAAAGAAAAUGUAGGUGUAAAACAUUCAUUGUUAGGGCAGCUUGUGUUUGCUAAUGGUGAGCAAAUAUGGCUGUAAAGUGUGCACUAUUCAUUGUUUUUAUGAACAUUUGUUGAUUCUCAUAAUAUAUUGAUUGUUUUUGUGAACAUCUAUUGAUUCUCAUGAUAUAUUGAUUGUUUUUGUGAA